AUUUAAUAUAGAGUUCGAAAAUCAUGCUUUAGCAGCUUUCAGAUAAGUUUUAAACCUUAUCAAUUUUAUAAUCUUACAUUGUUAUUGAGUAAAGCACCGAUCUAAAUACUGCAGCAAUGGAAAAACCACCGAUGGAACAAGUUUUGCAAGCCGUUGAAGCGCUAUACAGCAAUCAAAGUGCCGAAGGAAAGGAAGCUGCCUCGAAAUGGCUCGAAGACUUGCAGAGUUCGUUUUUUGCAUGGGAGAUUGCAGAUCAAUUACUUACAGCGAAACAAAGUACAACAAGUUGUUUUAUUGGAGCACAAACCAUGAGAACUAAGAUUCAAUAUUUCUUCCAUGAACUUCAACCUGCCCAAUAUGAGAGCUUGAAAAACUCAUUACUUGAUCAUAUCACACAUCUUUACCAUUCAACACCAGCUAUCUUGAAUCAGCUCUGCCUAGCAGUUGCUGAUCUUGCAGUUCAAAUGCCACAAUGGUCAAACCCUGUUAAUGAUCUUGUAGGAAGAUUUAGUAAAACAAUACAGAUAAUACCAGCUUUGUUGGAAAUGCUACAGUAUUUAACAGAAGAGGUGAAAAGUGAACAUUUACGUGUUGGAUCGAACAGACGUGAAGAAGUUGGAAAUCAAUUAAGACAGUCGUCGCUUGUUGUCAUUCAACUGCUGAAUGCGUGUAUAGAGCAAUGUCCCGACGAGGAACAAAUACGAACGAAGAUUUUCUACUGUCUUGGUGGAUGGUUAUUGCUUGGAGGUUAUCCUCCUGACGAAAUAAUGAAAAGCCGUCUUUUGCCUGUUUUAUUUGAAACGUUGGUGAAUGCGAAAGCCAGUGACAACUUACAGGAAGCAGCUACAGACGUUCUUUGUUCGGCUAUCUAUUCCGUUGGGGAUUUGGGUCCACAAAGCCAAAUGGCGGUCGUCCUCUCAUCUGAGGUGCUGAAACUUGUUCCUAUCUACGAACAAGCAAAAAGUAAUGACGAUCGCGACAAAUGUUUAAACUUUUGUCGUAUAUUUACCGAGCUUGCGGAAUCCAUGUUGGACGCCGUGCUCUCUGCAAAAGGCUUGAAUGUUUUGGAUUUAAAGAUCGUGGAAGUAAUGAUCAAAUGUUUACAACACAACGAUUACGAGGUGGCUGAAGUGACAUUUAACUUUUGGUACAGUCUAUCAGAGGCGAUAUAUCGGGAAGAUUUAAAGCAACGAAGGGAGAGUUUCCUUCCCUACUAUCAAGCUUUGCUGCAACAGCUUUGUAUCACAUGCAAACUAGAGUCCGAUACGGUCGGUAUACCUAAACCAGGCGAUGACUUCGCCGAUUUUCGGGAAAGAGUUGUCGAGUUAGUCAAAGAUUGUGUCUUCAUGGUUGGCUCUGAUAAUUUAUUUUUACAAUUAUGUCAGACAAUUAUUCAAGAGUAUGGAAAAACUGCGUGGCAUGAUGUCGAGGCAAAGUUAUUCAUCAUGGCUGCUGUUGCUACGAAUCUCGUCGCCGAGAAAUCCGAAGUUGUCAUCGCUCUAUUUGAUCUCUUGUUCAACAAAGAUAAUUCUGCUAAUAUAGUUGUUAAAUUCACCGCUAUCAAGCUCAUUGGUGAAUUAGGGGGAUGGACUAACAAAAAUCCGAACGUAUUAGACUUGUUUUUACACAUCUUAUACCAGGGAUUACAAUCCAAAGAGCUUGCCUCGGUGUCUGCAGAGUCACUUCAGAAAGUGUGUAGUUCAUGUCAGAAGAAAAUGGCGCAUCAUUUUGAAAUUCUACUACAAAUUGUUCAAGCCAUCGAUUCAUUAUCUAUAUCUACUAGUGCAGUUCUCGACUUCUUCCAAGGUGUUGCAAAGGUUUUAUCAGAACUUCCGCGACCACAGAUCGAAGAAGGGAUAAAACAAAUUUGUCUCCAACAAGUACAGCUGCUGGCUCAAUUGUUAGGAGGACAGAAUGGAGGCCACUCUGAGCCAAUCAUUUAUCUCGACAGAAUUGCGACCAUUUUUCGGUAUACUGUUGUGAAAGCGAAUGACGGUGAAGAACAUCCUUGCUUUAGCAUCGUUCAAGAGGUGUGGCCUGUUGUGUCGAUGGCUCUUAGUAAAUAUCAAGCGGAUGUUAAAACGAUGGAACGAUGUUGCAGAUGUGUUAGAUUUAUCAUCCGGUGUUUGGGAGAACAUUUCAUCCCAUUAUUGGGUCAACUAGUCAAUCAAAUGAUUCAAGUCUACUCAGCCACACAUCAUUCGUGUUUUCUUUAUCUUGGGAGCAUAUUAGUAGAUGAGUUUGGUACCAACAAAAGCUGUGUCCCUGGUCUUAUACAAAUGCUCGAGGCUUUUUGUCCUCCCACAUUCUCAUUCCUAUCAAGUAGCGAUGCGUUUGUUCGUCAUCCAGAUACAAUCGACGAUCUUUUUAGACUUUGUACAAGAUGUGUUCAAACAUGUUCUGUCGAGUUUCUCAAAUGUUCAGUUGCGGACAACUUGAUCAAGUGUGCCGUGGCGGCCUCAACGUUGUCCCACAGAGAAGCUAACGCAUCCGUUAUGACCUUUCUCCGUGAUCUCAUACAUGGCCCAAGUGAACUGGAUCCGAGUUUAGAUUCUACAAACUUACGCAACUUGAUAGGGCAAAUGAUGACAAACCAUGGACAAGAAAUUACCACAGGUUUGGUUCAAGCGUGUGCUGGAAAAAUUCCUUCGUAUAUGGUGCCGUGUGUAGGCGAGGUUUUCUGGGAAAUGUUGAGAUACAAUAAAGAGCAAGCUAGUAACUGGUUAGCCAAAUCACUAGAGAUGUUACCAACACAGACUGUGAGCGGUACAACAAUAGUCACCAGCCAACAGAUUAUGGAAUUUCAUCAUGGUGUUACAAAUGCUGAUGCUGGAAAAUUCGUGUCCAGGGUAGCCCGUUCAUUUUCGAGACUCUACGAGUAGGACUGCGCGAGUACUUUGAAGCAAGUGCGUGGAACGAAAGGCCCUCGCGUGGAUCGCGCGUGAAAUACACGAAAGGAUCACGGGGUAAUAUACGUCCGCGAAAGGACAACCAUGCAAGCAAGCGAAAUAUGUAAAUAAAAUGAGAAUAUUUUAUUAAUACCUCUGGACUCUCGAGAGGUUGGCUAGCUCAAUGAACAAUGUUUAAAAUCGAAGGUGCUGUCGGGCUGGACGAUUUUAUAUAUUUUAAGGACACGGACUUUUAGAGUGUUUGUGAAGUAUAUAACAAAUA